AAUAUUGUUCAACCUGCUUGCGAAUAUGGAAUGGACCGAGUAAAACUUCGAAAAAUCGCCCAUCUUUCUCUCUCCUUUCUGCCCUCCUUCCCUCUCACCCCCUAUAUAUACUCAUCUGCACCAUCAAAAUCUUCCAAAAAUACAGACCCUCGUAUAUAUUUACACACAGAGUCAUCGAGAUAUGGAAAAAAUCUCUUCCAAAACGAUAGAAAUUACUGUAAUCUCAGGCGAAGACCUGUGCGUGAACCGAAGGCAACGGGUAAAGAAAAACGCUUUUGUUAUCGUUCAAACAGACUCGUCAAGAGCAACAAAAAUGGAUACAGAUGGUGGAAGCUACCCAGUAUGGAAUGAAAAGUUUGUGAUGGAGUUACCCAUGCAUGCACGUUUUAUUAAUGUGGAAGUUCAAUGCAAGGCCUUUACGGGCGGAAAUAAUCUAAUCGGAACGGCGAGAAUUCCGGUUUCGGAUUUUUCCGGCGGGUAUCUUCCGGUGAAUUAUUUGAGUUUUUUGAGUUAUAGACUGAGGGAUGGGAAUGGGGAGAAGAAUGGGAUUAUUAACCUUUCUGUGAAGGUGAUAGGGCCAGAAAAUACGAGCUGCGCUGCCAGUUGUUCGACGCCAUGGACGGCGGUUCCGGUUGACAACAAGUUUUCCGGUGGAAUUGUGACGGGUAUUCCUGUGCCGUAUAGAUAUUGAAGCAUGGAAUUUUCUUUCCUUUCAUUGGAGAAAAAUAUAUAUGAAAAUAGCUCCAUUUCGAUUCAUGGUUGAAUUGUUAUUGCCUUGUUUGGUGGGGAUUAAAAUUAGAAUUUUAAUA